AUGCACCCUGCCGCGGCGGUGGCGCUGGUUUUCGGCGGCUGCUGCAGCAACGUGGUGUUCCUGGAGCUGCUGGCCAGGAAGCAUCCAGGAUGCGGGAACAUAGUGACGUUUGCUCAGUUUUUAUUUAUAGCCGUGGAAGGAUUUAUUUUCGAAGCAAACUUUGGAAGGAAGCGGCCUACCAUACCAAUAAGGUACUACCUGAUCAUGGUGGCCAUGUUCUUCACAGUCAGUGUGGUGAACAACUAUGCCCUGAACUUGAACAUAGCCAUGCCACUGCACAUGAUCUUCCGAUCGGGCUCCCUCAUAGCAAGCAUGGCGCUAGGCAUCAUCAUCUUGAAAAAAAGGUACAGCAUGUUGAAAUAUGCAUCCAUAGCCCUGGUGUCUGUGGGGAUCUUUAUCUGCACUCUGAUGUCAGCAAAACAAGUGGCUUCUGAGUCCAGCUCAAAGGAAGAGGAUGGGCUCCAAGUCUUCCUGUGGUGGCUGUUAGGGGUCGCCGCUCUAACCUUUGCUCUCCUGAUGUCAGCCAGAAUGGGCAUCUUCCAAGAGACCCUCUAUAAAGAGUUUGGCAAGCACUCCAAGGAGGCCCUGUUUUACAAUCACGCGCUGCCCCUUCCAGGUUUCCUCCUCCUUGCUUCGGACAUUGGCCGCCACGCCGUUCUCUUCAGCCAGUCUGAGCCGUUCCAGGUCCCGGUGAUCGGACUGACCUUGCCCAUCAUGUGGUUCUACCUCAGCAUGAACGUCAUCACCCAAUACGUGUGCAUCCGGGGCGUCUUCAGGCUCACCACGGAGUGCACCUCCCUCACGGUCACCCUUGUUGUCACGCUGCGCAAGUUCGUCAGCCUCAUCUUCUCCAUCCUCUACUUCAGGAACCCCUUCACCCCCUGGCACUGGGCAGGCACCGCUUUCGUCUUCAUGGGGACGCUGAUGUACACCGAAGUGUGGACCAGCUUGGGGCCUCUGCUGGCCAGAUGGAGGAAGGGGGCCAAGAAGGAAUAAGGGGGCGGCCCUUUUAGUAUUUUAUCCAGGGAAUCCCCUGAGCAAGGGGGGUUGUUUUUUUAUUCUGCAAAAUUGCUGCUGGCUAUGCCAAGCUGUGGGAGAUGUGAAGCCUUCAGUGGGAAGUGCUUCUAUCUCCAAAGUAUUGAAGGGAGUCUAUGACUCGUCUUCUGGGAUACAAUUUGAUGUCAGUCCUCCCAUUUCUUCCCUCCACUGUUUCUUUUUUGUAAUAGCUCCCUUUCUAAUACGGUAAAUGUCCCCCGUGUCUGUUAGACAGUGGCUGACAUGGUCCUAUAUUAGGAGACAACUUAUACCCUAAUUGCGGUGCUGUCAUCCCCCGACCCCAGCCUUGGAUAAGCUGCUCUGAUGAACCCUUUUGCUUCCGUCCACUGUAUUGGUGUUAUUGUCAGUGAAACGAUGAGCCUGCAAUAGAUGCUGGUACCCACACUUGCCUGGGGCUGGCUGUCCCUACUCACCUGUCAGCAGAGACCUUCCUUGUACUUGGCACUCCUGGUCCACACCGAGUCUCCUCGGGAAUCUCCCUGGCUCGCUGACACUGGUGAAGGAGGCAUCGCCCAUUGAGACCCCACACGUCCAGUGAGAUGCUGUUGGGAUGACCAAGAAAUAGAGGUCACUGAAAGAGGAAGGAGCUUUAAGACGCCAAUUAGACGAUGUUCCUCUUGCAGCCUAGUGGAUGGAGACAUUGCAUCUGCUAGAUCCGGGCUUGGUUCACUCUUGCUUUUCAGGACAUUUUGUGAUGUGUAGCUGUGCCCUGAAAAGCAACCGGUAAACCACCAAGCGGGAACCUGCUUUUGUUGCAUUGAUUUCCUGAUCAGCCGUGGUGCAGUCUCAGUCACCUAACCACAAAUGCAAGAUGGCCAGCCUGAGUUUUGCUACCAGCCAAAAAGCCUGAAUCAUCCAACUGGCCCCUUAACAGUUCUCUAGACCCGUGGUGACAACUGUCCAACCCCAUCAUCUUCCCCAGGCUCGUAGAGCAAGAGAAAUGGGUAAAAUCUAAGUAGCUUCCCUAGUCAGAGCAGUGCGACACUUGAAAGAGAGGCGUCUAGUGAUGUUAGAGGUGUUUCCACCCAGGGGCGUUGAUGGCAUUGACCACAACAAAGGACUUCGGGUGGCAGGAACUCAUCAAGUCCCAUGAUGAAGAUGUUGCUCAGACAACUUGUAGCUCUUUCCAUUUAUUGUAUCCAUCGGCAGUGCCUAUGUCACCAAGGUCCAGAAAGACGGGGUCCCUUCCUGCUUAAUAACUUCAGUCAAAUCCAGCAGACAGACUCAAAUCCUUGAUUCUGCCAGGUGUGCACCAUGCACCAGUGUUGAACACCACCUGGGUUCAUACCGGGGCCUCCUUCCUCCAAGCCCAAGGUAUCCUUUGCAGCAUAUGCCUCUCCCAGAAAUUCAAGGACAUAAGGAGGUCUGUGCACCUUUAAAUUGGCUCCAAGCUCAUGGGAAAAUGAGCUUCUGUAGGGAGGGUGGCAGACCGAAUGAGUGGUGGCAGAGCUCCUCACAGCCUUUGCAAGAAGCAGGGAGGAAAACCAGAGUAGCAAAGCUGGUACAGGGCUGGGGGUGCUGAGUGAGGGCAAAGAGGCAUCAACUGAGCCAACAGCCAAGGCAGUCAAGCACAAGAUUGAUUUUGCUACCAUGAAGUAGAUGGGUCAGCAUCUAACGAGAAGAAAUGUGGAAACAACCGUACAGAGCUGCUGUGGUACCCGUAGCUGUCUUUGCAGAGGACAUGGGCUGGAUUGACCUCAAAAAAAAAAGAGACUUACUCCAUGCUGCCUGGAAGAAGCCCCUGUAGCUUGCAGCUGCAGUGCAUCAGAUGUAUGGAGGCUGGCUGUCUGCUGCAUCUCUUGCAUGCCUAGCAGGACACCACUACAGACAACAGCUUAGUACUCAGUUUUGCAGUCAUGACUUUUUAAGGCUGGUAUCACCAGGAAUAAUCAGGUUAUUUCUCCUGUUCAUAAUCAGUGGUUCCUAACACACUUCAGCAUAAUAAAAUUUUCUGUUUUUCUCGCAGUCCGUGCAGUGGGCACAGACAGACAAUCACAUCACCUGGUGUCGUCUACAUCGGGUUUAUACCGGGAUGUAAGUGACCUUGGGGUACGGAUCAGACAGAGAAGCAGCUUAUCACAGCUCAGACUAGCCUGCCACGACUGUGUCGUGGCACUCGGUAGCAGAAAGCCGGUAAUAGCCCGUUUGCUUUGAGCAAGCGGCUUCCCUGAGAUAAACUGGGCCGGGAGCAUGCACAGCAGUGUAACCUUCACCAGCGAAGCGUUACAAUUUUUUUUAGGGGUAAUUUAACAUUGAAUUGGGCAACAUUACCCCAAUUUAGGGGUUUGCAUCAUCUUUCUACUGCAUUUUUUUUUCUUUAGCAUAAAUGUGUCAUCUGUUCAGCCCCCCACAUUACAAGCAGUGUUCAGGUUGAUGGGAAGGGAUUCAAGACCUUAGGAGGUUUGUUCCUCCCCAGAUUUUGAAGCCGUCCGUAGCAGGGUUGAUUUGCAGCUGCUGGCUCCAAAACAUCGUUCAGAGGUACAGAACUGGCUGCCUUCACUGCACUUCAAGUGGCAUGUGGUUUUCAAAGUAUUUUCUUGGUGGGGAGAUGAAGUCUGGAUAUUUCCUUCUCUUCCACCUGCUGCAAAGAAGCCAGGUGAAGCCUGGCACCGGCACUGGGAAGGACCAAAACAAGCAGAUUUUCAUGCUCGUCUUCAAUGCAGCGGGGAAAAAAGCUGUUGACAAAGCCUCCUGCAAGAAAACGGGGCAUGGGAGCAACACAAGCCUAAUUCAGCGUUGGGGGCAGUCAUGCUAUGUCCUAUGUUACGCAGUAGAUCAAAGCUUGAAAUGCAAGGUGGGCCUUGGGCUGAGCGAGGGAUAUCAAGUCAGCUACAUCACUGGCCCGGUCUCAGGGCAGAGCGAGUUUUCUCUAGGAGCAAAAGUGGCUCAGUUUGAGUCGGUCGGCUACAACUGCACCCUUGUUCCGCGACCUACACGUGAGUGUACAUAGCUGUACAUAGACCAGCUGCUGGUUGUCCCCUUCUGGACUAACAUGCACUUUGUCUCUGAUUGCGUGUAGUGCGGUUUUCACCCAGUCCCAGAUCGUAUUUAAUGAUGCAUCCCCGACGUUCCUGCGUGUCUGUUUACAGUACGAGCUGCGUGUCCGUGACUAUUUAAUCGCCGGUUGUAGGUAGUGGCGGCUGCUCCCCGCGUCACGCGGGAUCUCUGAGCAGCCAUCCCCGUAGCUCCCCUGAGGCCAAAGGUAAAGCAGAUGUACCUGGGUUAGCCAGAAACAAAGCCUCAGUUAGUGCCUCCUUAUAGCAGCGGGGUAGCCUCCUUCAUUUUAAUGUACGCUGGAAUGACGCUGGCACGGGUUUCCAUAGACAUUUGAAAAAGGCCAAACUGGAAAGAGCAGAAAUGCCCCCUGACUGGAAGGAGGGAUUUAUAUCGUCUUUUUAGUUAAAUAAAUAAAAACAACAAAGAUCUC